UGCGCGAGCGAUGGCGGCGGUGCUGGAGCUGCUGUUGAGCGGCGAGCUGGCUGCGGCUGAGGCGCUGCCGUGGCUGCAAGUCCAGGAUGGUGAAUUGAGUGACAAGCUUUUGGCAUAUAAUUCCCUGAGGAAAAACUUUGUACCCUUUCUUCUAAAUUUUUUAAGAGAACAGACAAACCAGCUGAUACCAAACGGUCCACCUACUCCUGGAAAGACAUCUUCUGCCAAGGGGCAGAAACCUGCUCAGGACAGGGAUGAGGGCAUUCAGAUAGUAAGGAUUAGCAAUUCGCAGACCUCGAGAGGGACUAAAACACAGUUGUUCCCAGACACACCAAAUAGUUCCUUUAAUUCCAGUGCUUCCUUCCAGUCUCCUUCGUCCAGUGGCUCCUCAUUUUUCUCGAAUUCCAGCAGUGAUGUGAACAGUGUAGUUUCCCCCAAUAGUCCUGACCUCAGCAAUAGUACCCCUUUGCGCUACGGAGAGCGACGAUUAACUCAGAGAGCCAGCCUUGGGCAAUUCAUUGUUCAGAGUCCUGAAAACCAGUUUCAGCGUCGUGCGAGGAAGAAGAAUUUCAUAGCUGCUUGUCGCCAAGGAGCCAAGGAUUUGGGAAGAAGCCCAACUGAAGAGGAUGUUGUGCAGUGGAGUGCUAACAAGAGGCAUGUGGAGUCUGUCAGCACCCCUUGUCCUGAAGCUCAGCUAAAUAUCCACAACCUGGAAGAAUUUCCACCUGUGGGUGCAACUGCUUUUGGAAGAACAAAACCAUCAAGAAGAAUUAAUCCUACUCCAGUUAGUGCAGAGCGGUUGCAAUCCAGACCCAAGAAGUGUUUUACUUCCACUCCUUUGAGUCAACCAUUGUCCUCUACAUACUCCAAAGGAGCUACUUCUGAAGCAUUCAGAGCUGGACCAGAGCGAUUUGGCCCUCUCAUACCUUCUGGUAACUUACAAGAAGAGCGGGAAAUGUUGAAAAUUGAAAGAUAUAAAUUGAUUCACCAGUCACCGGUCUCAGACCCAGCCACACCAAAUAAGUGUCAAUAUGGAAGAGUCUUAAGCGUUUCCGCUGAUAGUAUUGCUGUAUGUGCUGAUGUAAGCAAAGUUUCUCACAAAAAGCAGUUGGAUGUGUUGGCUCAGUUGUACUCUGUCUGUAUCUCUGAGAAUUUAGUGCCAAACAUUUUUUUGGAGCUAUUCUUUAUACUGCAACUGUUGACAUCAAGGGGAACAAUAUCAACAAAUGAUUUGGAAGAUGGUGGGAGCAAUGCCAUUGAGAGAAAGUAUGUGGAAAUGCAGUAUUUCAGAAGUGUGCACAAUUGCAUUUAUUUUGCUGUCAGAGUUCUGGAGAAACAAGUCACGUUGAUUUCCUACUUAGAUAAAGGUACCAUAAGGCUUCUUGGAGAGAAUGACCGAAUUGGCAUGUUCUCUGCUACAUUACGUGACCAGCUGAACUGUGCCCAUGAGACUUGUACUGCCCAGGUUUCACUUGUGGUACCUUCAGUCAUACCAUCUGUUCCAUUUGAGCCUGAAACUGACAAUCGAUCUAAUUUUACCAGUGACAGAGCCUUUCAAAAUUUUAAGAAGCAAAGGGACAUCUUUUAUGAGCUGCUGCGUGAAUGGGAGGAUAAGCAUUCAAAUCCUGGUUGGGAGUUUGAGAGAGCAAUGGGUCUUCGAAUCAGGAACAUGAUGAUCAAUCUAAGCAUAGCGUGUAACCACAGUCACUUCGCACGAUUAUUUCAGAAACAACUGAUAAGAAUGUGUAAAUGUACAGUUGGAACACUUUUAGGCAAUGAACAUCCUGAUCAAGAUGUGCUGGACAUAUUUGGAACAGACAACCUUACCAAACUGAAAAGGCUACAGGAGCGCUUUGUUGCACCACAGAAUAUUGGGGGGCCGUGUCCUCCUCCAGCUUUCUCUGGUUGCCAAGUAUUCUUCAGAGAUUUUCUUUUAUGUGCAGGGAGUCAUCAGUUGAACCAACACUUGUCAGACACUUUGUGUCAGCAAAUUUUGGAGCUGGAUAGCAUUACCAUCCUUAGGCACAAGUCUUCAGGAGGUGAGGCAGACAUGGAUGAACAGGAUGAGAAGGAACAUUUUGCCUCGGUCUUGAUGACGGCAAGAUUACUGGCUAAGUUUCUUGGUUUUCUUACCUUCCUUCCUUAUCGUACCGGAGAUCGACCAACGAGAGAAAUGCAAGAGGCUAGUAUUUCUCUGAGGAACAAGAGUGUGCCUGUUCUAAAUAUAUACGACUUACUGAGAAGAUCAAUUAAAAAUGGACGUACCAUUCUAACUGUACCCUGGGUGGUGGAGUUUCUGAGCAUGAUGGACCAUGUGGCACCGUUCCUGGAUUGUUACCGUAAAGUGUUUACGCUCAUCUUGCAUUUAUACAGAUGCUUGGUUCUAAAAGAUGGACAGAAGGAACAUUACCUGAACAAGCUGUUGAUCCUUGCUGUAUUGGGGUGGCUUUUCCAGGUUCCUGCAGUUCCUGAAGAAAUAUUCUUCAAUGAAGAGAAGAUAGAUGAAUUUGGAAUUAACACUUCAGACCAAGCCUUAGAUUCUGUUCCAUUGGUUGACCAGCAGCUGUUCUAUCUCUGUUGCCCCUAUUUGUGUGAGUUACGCAAGCUGUUGGCUUCCUACGUAGCUGGUAAUGGGAUAAAAAAUGGAGGAUAUAUGAGAAAGAUCACACCAACUUCAGCAGAGCCUACAGUACCAGCUUUAGCACAAUCGCAGCAGAGACUCCAGACAGAGUUGGAGGAGGCCUUUUUUCACAAUCAACCCCCAUCACUUCGCAAAACAGUUGAGUUUGUGGCUGAAAGAGUUGGAUCUAAUUGCGUGAAGCAUAUCAAGGCGACACUGGUGUCUGAGCUGGUCAGAUGUGGGAUAGCAAUGCUGCAGAGUGAAAUGAAGAAUGAGGAAUCCAACCUGCCCAAACUACUUGAAGCUGUUACCCACCAGCUCUGUGAAGAAGGCAGGCAGGCAGUGGCCAAAGGCAGGGAAUUCUGCAGCAGAAAGGGGCCUGAAGCAAUUCGAGUCCUACUUCCAACAGAGACGUCUGUUUCGGUGCUGACAACGGCACAAGAUAUUGCAACCCGCCUUGCAACAGAAAAAGCCUGCACAUGGCUCUCUGCUAACACUGCAGCUUUAAUUAAAAAAGAAAUGGCAUUCAGCUUUGAAAGACUCAAGAAAUCUCGGACAACACAAUCGACAAAUGCAACUGAAUCCACCAGUUGUCUGCCAGACUGUAAACACAAUGCACCAUCUCCUUCCCAGAUAGCCAGUGAGUUUAAGGAGCUGCUGAGUGUUACAUUGGGUCCCAGGCACAGUGAUGAAACAGUGGCCCACAAGGAACUUGAUAACUUAUUAAGAAGAUUAAGGCAGACAUUGAGAUGUGGACAGUAUAUCUGCCCAGUAAUUGAACAGGCCCUUGCAAGGUACACUGUGGAGCUUGCUUCUCUAUUAGUUGCAGGUGAAGUUCCAUUAUCUGAUUCUGCCAUGAAAGAUUCUGUAGAAGAAACUUCUUAUCACAGAUCUAUCCAGCAUUUACUUAGAGAGCUCCUUGCUUUGUGGAAGAAUGGUUUCCAUGCCCCUGUUCCCCUUCAGUUAAUGUUUAGUGAGAAGAACAUUUCUUAUGCAGUGCAUAUGCAAAGUCCAAAGUCAUGGUGGAAUGCACUCUCAUUCCUAAUUCACAGCCUUAUUGAGUGGGAAUUGAUGAAAGCUGUGGAGAUAGAGUGUUGCUGGAGAGACCUUUUACAGAAGAGUUGGCCCCCGGAUUUCAUCAAUGUGAUAGAAUCUGUGCUUAAAAUGUGUUCAGAACUGCCAAAGACAAAUACAGUGGAAGACCAGAAGCCAAAUGAGACAAGAUAUACUGAGUAAAACAACAAGCUUAGAUUGUAAUUUAUAGGAAAAACAAGUCUAUUUUUGCAGUAUUUUACAAUUAAUGUGCAAUUUGUUCUGCGUGGAUAGGGGAUAUUUUAAAUUUUAUCAGUGCUGCUAAGUUUAAUCAAAUAUUCAAAUGAAUAUUUUGUAGUUCACAUUGGACAAGGUAAUAAAUGGAUCACUUUCCACUUGUUUAGGUAAUCUGAUGUUUGGCUGAGAUGUUGCAGUUAACAAUGAACUGUUCAUUGUUUCAAACUGGUCAAACUUUAGACUUUUAUACAGUGGAAAGCUGUUUCUGCCCUUUGAGACUAAGCUGUAACUUGUCUCACAUAGCAGUCAGCUUGCAAGCCUUUCAGGUGCAAGUCUAAACAAAGGUGAAAUUAAAAUAUUUAAUUAAAAAUAAUGCACUGGUGAGUGUUACAGAAUAACUUAAAAAAUAAGUUGAUUAUGAAAGAAUAAGAUUCACUUGUUAAUAUUUUAGUAGUGGAAGUUUAUUGUAAAUUAAGAUUUCCAUGUUAUUAAAAUAUAAAAUUUUGCUGAUUUGCUCUGUACCUUAACUUCAAACACUUUGUUCUGAUGCCAAACUUAAAGUGAGGUAUGAGAAAUGAGUUUCUCAGUGUUUGUACAAAUGAUUGCUCCCACCUCAAAGGCUGAACCAACUGAUUAUAAUCAUCAUUUGAAAAAAGUAUUACUCUGGCUUUAAAUUCUUUCCCUCUACUCAUUUUGAAGUUGUGGCGAGAUAAUAGACAGGAAGAGAGUUCUUAUUUUUCAGUCCCAUCUUAACUUGCCUUUAGUCUAGCCUUCUUGCCUUAUUAAUUUGGUCUCUUGUUGCCUGAAAAUAAAUGGGCACUGAUGGGAAGUUCUAGCUUUGCUAUAGAUGGAGGAGACAUUUAAAUCUAGAUCUACUAUUGAGAGUAGAAUGAAUAAAUAUAUAAAUAACAUUUUUUGAGUGGUGUCCUUGCCUUAACAGGACAGAUACACUCCUUGACAAGGUGAAUAAGACCUCAGAGGCAGACCUCUCCCAGGUCAUUAAGAAGGGCAUGAGAGGAUAUUGCUGAGGCCUUGAUACAGAUCUUUCUAAUUCUCAUUAGCCACAGGUGCUGCCUCAGAGAAGAAUCACCAAUUUUUUUGUUAAUGACAGGUUAGGAACAAAUCGGGAAAUUAUAGGCCAGUGAGUCGUGCAUCAGUAGUAGGGAAAUUAUUCUAUGAUCUUUGGGAUAGGAUCUACUCAUGUCUGGGAAAAGCAUGGACUUAAUGGCAUAGCUUUGUGUGGGGACAUCAUGUCUUAUAAACGAUUGAGUUUUUGAGGAGGUUGCAAAGAUGACUGAGCUUCAGCAGUGGGUGUUGUCUACAUGAAUUCAAUGUGGCAAGAUGUUCAUGGUAGAUAGAUCCAAAAGAUUUUCAAGUGGUCAUAGAAGAGAGGGGGUAUUAGUGCCUUUGCUGUGUGAUCUAAUAUGAAAUGGCUCGGCCAAUACCAGACAGACUGAUUGGUGUGCAGUUAAGAGUUGUGGGCAGUGAAGAAGGCUGUCUAAUGAUACAGCUGGGUGUCAACUAUUUUGAAAAAUGGGCAGAGAAAUGCCGUUCGGUCUGGACAAGUGAUGCAAUGUGGGAGGAAAGUAUUCAGUAAAUAGCAGCGUCCUGAGAGACACUGAUGUAAAAAAGGAAUCUGGGGUGCCUAUCCAUUGCUACUUGAAACUGAUAAUACAAGUGGAUGUUGUAUGUAUGGUGUUGGAGCUUAUUAAACUAGGCACCAUUUGGAAUAGUGUACAGUUCUGGUUGCCACUUUACAGGAAGAAUAAAGAGGCUUUGGAGAGUU